GCGAGGGGGUGGGUGGAGAAGGCGGCUUAACUCGCCGGCUCCUCUGCCCUCUCCCCCACACUUAUCCAUGCGCGCGUCGCAACCGGCGGCACUCCGCAGCUGCCGGCUGAUGAUGAUGAUGAUGCCGCCGCUGCUGCUUCUCGUGCUGCUGCUGCUGCCAGGGCUGGGAGUCGCUUGUCCGAGCCGGUGCCUCUGUUUCCGCACCACGGUUCGCUGCAUGCAUCUCAUGCUGGACACCGUCCCACGCGUGGCUCCGCAGACGACGAUACUGGACCUGAGGUUCAACAGAAUCCGAGAAAUUCCCCCAGGAGCGUUCAAGAAGUUAAAAAACCUCAAUACACUAUUACUGAAUAACAACCACAUCAAGCGGAUUCCGAGGCGAGCGUUUGAAGACCUGGAAAGCCUCAAAUAUCUCUAUCUGUACAAGAAUGAGAUCCAGUCAAUUGACAGGCACGCGUUUAAAGGGCUUGUGUCUCUUGAGCAACUGUACAUUCACUUCAACCACAUAGAAGUCUUGGAGCCCAACACAUUUGUUGAUCUACCCAAGCUCGAGAGACUAUUUCUGCACAACAACAGGUUAUCGCGGAUCGCGACGGGGACCUUCACGCAGCUGAGCUCUCUGAGACGCUUGCGGCUCGACUCCAACCGGCUGGUGUGCGACUGCGAGCUGGUGUGGUUGGCCGAGCUGCUGCGGGCGUUCGCCGGUUCCGGUGGCACGCUGGCAGCUGCCACCUGCGAACACCCGCGCCGGUUACAGGGACGGUCGGUGUCGAGCAUCACCGCGCAGGAGUUCCACUGCGAGAGCCCUCGCAUCACUUCGGAGCCGCACGAUGUGGACGUGACUCCGGGUAACACGGUGUACCUCCGGUGCCGCGCCGAGGGGAACCCCAAACCAGCCAUCAUCUGGCUCCACAAUAGCAAUGAAAUAGCGAUGGCGGAGGACGAGCGACGGAACCUUCUGCAGGACGGCACGCUGAUGAUCCGCGACACGCGACACACCGACCAGGGCACCUACCAGUGCAUGGCGCGGAACGUGGCCGGAGAGGUCAAGGCGCCGGAGGUGGUGCUGCGAUACUUCGACGUGCCAGCGCCGCCGACGUUCGUGAUCCAGCCGCACGACACGGAAGUGCUGGUGGGCGAGAGCGUGACGCUGGAGUGCAGCGCUGGGGGGCACCCGGCCCCCCGCGUCUCCUGGACGCGCGACGACUCGGAGCAGCUGCCGGCCGAUCCCCGCUUCUCCGUCACGGCCUCGGGGGGGCUGCACGUGGAGCGCGCGGGGCCCGGUGACGAGGGGCGCUACACGUGCCACGCGAGCAACAACCAGGACUCGAUCCGCGCCUCUGCCACCAUCCUGCUGAAGUCUGCUCCCCAGUUCAUCUUGGCUCCUGAGGACCAGGUGGUGACGGAAGGCCACACCGUGGACCUUCACUGCGAGGCCCAGGGCAGGCCCCUUCCCGUCAUCGCGUGGACCAAAGCGGGGAGCCAGCUCCCCAGCGACCGCCGGCUCACCGUGCUGUCGUCCGGAACGCUGCGCAUCGCCCGCGUGGCGCUGCACGACCAGGGCCAAUUCGAGUGCCAGGCGGUGAACGUGGUGGGCGUGCGACGGGCCGCGACACAGCUCACCGUGCUGCCCCGUGUGACGCCGGUGUUCAGCGUCACGCCCAGUGACAUCACCACCGACUCGGGGCGCGACGUGCGGAUUGCGUGCAGCGCGCAGGGGGAGCCCCAGCCCAGCCUCAUGUGGGCCAAGGACGGGGUGCAUAUAACGGAGAGCGGAAAGUUCCACGUGAGCGCCGAGGGCUACCUGGAGAUCCGGGACGCGGGGCCCGCGGACCAGGGCCGCUACGAGUGCAUCGCGCGCAACAGCAUCGGCCACGCGUCCACCAGCAUGCUGCUGUCCGUCACAGUGGCGGAGAGAAGCCGCAGCGGGGACAGCUUCGUGGAGCGCUCCGUCCAGCAGGCGAUCCACAGCGUGGACAGCGCCAUCAACUCAACGCGCCGCGCGCUCUUUGGCAGGCAGCCCCACAGCCCCAGCGACCUGCUGGCGCUCUUCCGCUACCCGCGCGACCCCUACACGGUGGAGCAGGCGCGCGCCGGGGAGAUCUUCGAGCGCACGCUGCAGCUCAUCCAGGAACACGUGGGCAACGGCCUCACGGUCGACGCCAACGGCACCACGCUGUACAGGUACAACGACCUGGUGUCGCCGCGCUACCUGAAUCUCAUCGCGAACCUGUCGGGCUGCACCGCGCACCGCCGCUCCGACAACUGCUCGGACAUCUGCUUCCACCAGAAGUACCGCACGCACGACGGCACCUGCAACAACCUGCAGCACCCAAUGUGGGGCGCGUCGCUCACGCCCUUCGAGCGCCUCCUCAAGCCCGUGUACGAGAACGGCCUCAACCGGCCGCGCGGCUUCACGCCCGAGGCGCCCGUCAACGGCUUCCCGCUGCCGCAGCCUCGCCUCGUGUCCACCGCCAUGAUCGGCACGGAGAGCGUCACGCCGGACGAUCGCUACACGCACAUCCUCAUGCAGUGGGGGCAGUUCCUGGACCACGACCUCGACCUGACGGUGGCUGCGCUCAGCCAGUCGCGCUUCUCCGACGGGCGGCCCUGCGGCGCCGUCUGCACCAACGACCCGCCGUGCUUCCCCAUCGCGAUCCCGCCCGACGACCGCAGGGCGCGCGACGCGCGCUGCAUGUUCUUCGCGCGCUCCAGCCCCGUGUGCGGCAGUGGCAUGACCUCGCUGCUCAUGAACUCCGUGCACCCGCGCGAGCAGAUCAACCAGCUGACCUCGUACAUCGACGCUUCCAACGUGUACGGGAGCUCGGAGCGCGAGUCGCGCGACUUGCGCGACCUGGCCGGCCGUCGCGGCUCGCUGAGGCGGGGCCUCGUGCAGCGCUCGGGCAAGGCGCUGCUGCCCUUCGCCACGGGCCCGCCCACCGAGUGCAUGCGGGACGAGAACGAGAGCCCCGUGCCGUGCUUCCUGGCGGGCGACCAGCGCUCCAACGAGCAGCUGGGCCUCACGGCCAUGCACACGCUGUGGUUCCGCGAGCACAACCGCGUCGCCGCCGAGCUGCUGCGGCUCAACCCGCACUGGGACGGCGACGCCGUCUACCACGAGGCGCGCAAGGUCGUGGGCGCGCUCGUGCAGCACGUCACCUACGCCCACUGGCUGCCCAAGAUCCUGGGCGAGGUCGGCACGAAGCGCCUCGGCGACUACCGGGGCUACGACCCCAACGUCAACGUGGGCAUCUUCAACGCCUUCGCCACGGCCGCCUUCCGCUUCGGCCACACGCUCAUCAACCCCGUGCUCUACCGCCUCGACGACUCCUUCCAGCCCAUCCCCCAGGGGAACCUGCCCCUCCACAGGGCGUUCUUCUCGCCGUACCGCAUCGUCAACGAGGGCGGCAUCGACCCCCUGCUGCGCGGGAUGUUUGCCGUCCCCGGCAAGAUGAGGGUCCCGUCCGAGCUGCUCAACACGGAGCUGACGGAGCGGUUGUUCUUCAUGGCUCACACCGUCGCGCUGGACCUGGCGGCCACCAACAUCCAACGUGGCCGGGACCACGGCAUCCCGCCCUACAACGACUACAGGGUCUUCUGCAACCUCACGUCGGCCCGCGACUUCGAGGACUUGCGCAACGAGAUCCGGAACCCGCACAUACGGGAAAAGCUACGGAGGCUCUACGGGACGCCUCAGAAUAUCGACCUCUUCCCCGCGCUCAUGGUGGAGGAGCUCGUCCCCGGCACGCGCUUGGGCCCCACGCUGCUGUGCCUGCUCCUCACGCAGUUCCAGCGCCUGCGCGACGGCGACCGGUUCUGGUACGAGAACCCCGGCGUGUUCACGCCGGCGCAGCUGACGCAGCUGCGGCAGGCGUCGCUGGCGCGCGUGCUGUGCGACAACGGCGACAGCAUCGAGCGUGUGCAGCGCGACGUCUUCGCCGUCGCCGAGUUCCCGCACGGCUACGUGGGCUGCCAGGACAUCCCCCGCGUCGACCUGCGCCUCUGGCAGGACUGCUGCGAAGACUGCAGGAGCCGUGGCCAGUUCCACUCGCUGGGGUUCCACCAGCGGGGCAAACGCAGCGCCCACUUCAGCUUCCCCGGAGAGGGCCCGGAGAGAGACACGCGGCAGGGCAAGCACCAGCCCGCCAGUGCCCACAACCACAGCUCAAACUUGACUUCAGCCAAUGCUAUCCCGAGGCAUCAGGACAUCGACCAGAUUGAUUUCCGCUCGUUUGUGGACGACAUGCAAAGGACCAUCAGGACGCUACGUCAGCAGAUCCGCCAGCUGGAGGGGAGUGUGCAGAGCGACGGCUGCGUCGAUGCCGAGGGGGUGGUCCGCUCACAGGACGACGAGUGGAGAAAGGACGACUGCACCGCCUGCCACUGCAAGGGAGGCCAGGUGACGUGCUUCGUGGAGACGUGCCCCCCCCCACACGCGCGCUGCACCAGGCCCGUCACGAGCGAGGGGCGGUGCUGCGCGUCUUGCGACGGGGACCCGGCGAGGGCUCCGUGAUCGGAGCGAUGCCGGCCGCGAAGGAGGAGUGUUCCAAAUCGGCCGCGUUUCUGUUCAGCGGAAGGAAAUUUACCCUUCUUUGGCAAUCGCACGCAAGCACUGUACCUUUUUUUAUUUUAUUUUAUGUAGUAGUAAAAUAAUAAUAAUGUUUUGGAAAUGUGAAGUCUGGGAAGUAACGGACCACUCUGCCUUUUGAAGACGUUUUACAUUUCAACAUCAGACACGAUCUCCAGCACGGCUGUUGUUAAUCCCAAAUAGCUAAGGUUUCGGAUUCUGUGGCGAUGCCUUCGUCGUUCUGAUGCCGAUUGAUUUCCUGCCUGUCUGUGCCAUGCACUAGCAUUCCCGGGAGGGGAGGGCUUGCCCGCCGCCCUCUGCCUCCGUGGGCGUGUGUACUUUUCAACAACAACUACAAACAACAGCGCCACACUUUAUUUUCUCCUGUAUUAUACAAAUAUACGCGAUUUUACAAGUAGCUUAUUACAGUAAGGGAAAAAAAUAUUUGAUCCCCUGCUGAUUUUGUACGUUUGCCCACUGACAAAGAAAUUAUCAGUCUAUAAUUUUAAUGGUAGGUUUAUUUGAACAGUGAGAGACAGAAUAA